UUUUUAUAGGUUAAGCAACGUUGUAUUUUCCUUCUCUUCCUCCUUUCUCAAGCUUCACCCGUCAAGAAAGAAAAGAGAGAAUUCCGGAAUAACGAGACAGGGAGAGAAUCAGGAGACCAAGCAUUAUCUUAGUUUUAAUUUUAAUGGGAGCAGAUGAAGAAUUGUGAGCUGUGCAAGGUCCCGGCGAGGACCUACUGCGAGUCCGACCAGGCUAGCCUGUGCUGGGACUGCGACGCUAAGGUCCACGGAGCUAACUUCUUGGUAACCAGGCACUCCAGGACUCUUCUCUGCCAUGUGUGUCAGUCCCUGACUCCAUGGAAAGCCUCCGGUGCUAGGCUCGGAAACACUUUUUCUCUUUGCGAGAGUUGUGCCAGCGGAAUGAAGGAUAACGGUGAAGAAGGGGAAGAGAGCGAAGGUGGCAAUGACGACGACAUAGACACAGAGGAGGAUCUCGACGACGACGGAGACGACAACGGCGGCGAUGAGGAUGGAGAUAAUCAGGUAGUUCCCUUGUCCUCCAUGCCGCCUCCGCCGGCUUCAAACUCCUCGAGUAGCGAAGAGUCAAACAGCAGAUGUAAUAGCAGCAAUAUAGUUAUUUCUGAAACGGCGAGUACAAUAUCGUUGAAGCGAAAGCGUGAGGAUGCACCGGAUCUUGAUUUUCAGGAUGGUUGCAAUUGGUGGUGUAAUAAAGAUCGGAAAGGUGGGGAGCUGAGAAAGCGGGUGGCAUGGUUAGAAUGUGAAGGCGGUGAAGGAACGUCGAAGGAAUCGCCGAGAGGUAGAGAGAUCGCGCCGGCGACCUUGAAGGGAUCUAGCGAUGCCAAAACGCCGGAAGCCGUUUGAUCGCGAAAUUCGGAGUAUCAUAGCCGCAGGAUCGAAACGGUAGCAUGAUAUAUUAUUACUGAACUAUUGACUAACUUCGUCUAACUACAGUCUUAAUUUUCGACCAUUUGAUUGAUUGUGUUCUUAAUGAACGUUCGUGUCCCAAUCCUUCCCAGAAAUGAAGAAAUACUUGCAGUGACCGGAAA